AUACCUUCUUUCCGAUGCCGGCGAUCGAUCCGAUCCUUCAACUCUCUGCUCAGCGCUCUUCUCGAGAGCGGAGAUCGCAAGAGGAUGGCUGAGCUCAGCCGAGAUCUCGACGAACUCAAUCUGAAGCCAGAUGCUUGCACUUAUAACAUCCUCAUUCGAUCAGCCAAAUCGAUCGACUGUGCGCUGAACCUGUUCGAUGAAAUGCUGGAGAGGGGGAUUGAGCCGAGCAUCGUCACAUUUGGAACCCUGAUUUCCGCGCUCUGCAACAACUCGAAGCUCGACGAGGCCUUCAAGCUCAAAGAGGAGAUGCCGAGGCUGUACAAUAUAGAACCUAACGCCUUCGUGUACGCCGCUCUAAUCAAAGCCCUCUGCAAGAGUGGCAAGCUCGAAGAAGCUCUCAGCCUGAGGAGAGAGAUCUCGGGAUUAGAUUCUGCAGUUUACUCCACCCUAAUUCGCGCGCUUUUCACCGAU